GUGACACCUAAAAUGGCUGACGGACGAGAACCACCCCCGUUGGAAGAGGAGGAUAGCCAAAAAGAUGAAGAUGACUUAUUUACGGAAGCAAGUGAGAAAGAAACAGCCCCUCCUGAUCAGGAGAUAGACCUUAGUGAUGAGGGACGAACACCAGAAACUGAACCAGAAAAAGUAGAACCAGAAGUGACAGAAAACACCCGCAAACCAGUGAAGCCCGACAUCGAUACCGAGGACUUGUUUGGAGAUGAUGCUGAUGACGGUGAUGAGAUAAAGCUAGACUCUGAUGGAGAGAAUGACACUAAUGAAACGGUGGGGAAGUCACCAUUUUUGGAGCCAUUUGAACCAGCUCCUGCCAGUGCCCCAGCCCAGACAGAGGUUGUGUCGUCGGACGAGGAGGAGAAGCCAAGCACAGACACGCCUAAGUUGACAGUUACACAAACAACAACCUCAACAUCGAAGGCUUCCAGUGCUACGAAAACCACCAAGGAAGAAGUUGAGGCUAAUCAGUACACUCUAGUGAUAAAGGUCACAGAACCACAGAAGAUGGGUGACGGCAUGAGUGCCUACAUGGUUUACAAGGUCAUCACUAAGACCAGCAUUCCAGAUUUCCGUAAACCAGAACUGGUGGUAUUAAGGCGUUUCAGCGACUUCCUUGGACUACAUGAGAAACUCCAGACUCGAUACCUUCACCAAGGUCGAAUUGUACCACCCGCCCCAGAGAAAAGUGUCCUAGGUAUGACAAAAAUAAAAAUGUCGAAGGAGGAGUCUGGGGCGUUAGACUUUGUUGAGCGGAGACGUUUAACAUUAGAGAGGUUCCUGACAAGAACAGCCCAACAUCCCUUGCUUCGGAAGGAUAUUGACUUCCGAGAAUUCCUAGAGCGCGAUGGAGAACUCCCCAAAGCUACGAGUACCUCUGCUCUCAGCAGUGCUGGAGUGAAGCGAUUAUUCCAUAAAGUCGGGGAUGCUGUUGACAAAAUAUCCUACAAAAUGGAGGAGGCUGAUGAGUGGUUUGAAGAGAAACAACAACAAGUAGAGUGUUUGGAUACACAGUUGAGAAAAUUACAUUCCAGUAUGGAGUCUGUGGUUGGUCACAGAAAGGACUUGAGUAACAAUACUGCUGCAUUUGCCAAGAGCGCGGCCAUGUUGGGUAAUGCGGAGGAGCACACAGCCCUGUCUCGUGCCUUGUCCCAGCUAGCUGACACCGAGGAGAGGAUUGAACAGAUACAGCGGGAACAGGCUGACCACGACUUCUACGUCAUGGCAGAACUACUCAAGGACUACAUUGCCUUAUUAGGGGCUGUCAAGGAGGUAUUCCACGAAAGGGUGAAAUCCUACAAGAACUGGAAGGACGCAGAAGUUACCUUGACAAAGAAACGGGAAAACAAAGCCAAGUUAGAGCUAGCUAACAAAACAGACAAAAUCUCACAGGCCAAGCAAGAGAUUUCAGAGUGGGAGUUGAAGGUCGAGAAGGGAAAAGAUGACUUUGAAAAGAUGUCAGCAAUGAUACGAAAGGAGGUUGCGCGAUUUGACAGGAAACGUGUAGAAGAUUUCAAGUCUAGCAUCAUCAAAUAUUUAGAAUAUUUAAUGGAAAACCAGCAACGGGUGAUCAAGUGUUGGGAGGCCUUCUUACCUGAAGCCAAAGCGGUGGCAUGAUGUGUACCAACACGUUUCCAUGGAGACCAAGAUGGACUUUCUUCAGGGUGGGACAAUAAAACUGAGAUUAAAUGAAGCUAGCAAGACUCGAUUCGCCAUCACACUUGUUGUGGCCGACGUUCUGUGGAGACGUGGUCAUACCAUUUAUUAUUGACACAAUAUGGAUUUUGUAGUGCUACAUUAUAAAUGUACUUAAGGCACCAACCACACACAAAGUAAUACAAAAGAUAUUGUAACACCAAUACCAGGUGCAUUGUUGUCUUAUUUUCAAAUCAUUUGUUAGGUAUACAGUCAAUUUUGACCAAAUUUUUCUCGUGGAUUUAAUUGAAGCUGUCGGUUAAGUUUGACAUUCUCUGUGUAUAACCACUUUCUUUUCACUCGGAAUCGUAAACAUCAGCAUCACAAUAUAUGGUUACAGGGACACAAUUGUUUAAAUAGGUUGCAAUAUAUAUCAACACUAUGUCCUCAUUACAAACAUUGCGAAGUUCUUCUUUACUUCAGCCUGUGUUCACUUGGUGUUCUAUUAAUGUUUUACAAGUGAACUAGUCUAGGAUGUAUUUUUACACCUUAACUAAUUUUAAUGUCCAUAUGAUGUAAACAUAACUCAUUAAAGCUGAAAUACCCAAUUAUUCUUUCAAUAAGAGCUGAUAGAAGUAGGGAAAGAUGCCCAUGAACAGCAACCAGUAAAUCCAUAGGAGUGUCAUAGUUUAUAACAACUAGCAAAAGAAGAAUACAUUUUAUGAAAACCAGGCUUCAGGAUGUGCCACUCUUCUUUUGAGAUUUAUUUUACUUUAAGUGAGAGCUGAAGUUCAAAAAAUGAUGAAAGAUCGCCGGUAAUAAGCCGGAAGUUUGACUGACAAAAGUUGUAAAUGGUUGUAAAUUUCCAGGAUGAUGUAGCUUGCAUGUAAGUCGAGAAAUGUUGUUAUGUCAUGGUAAGUGCGAGUAACUAGAAUGCUAGUCAUAAAAAGUUGGAUUUUUUUUCUUUCUUAAUUUUUUGUUUGUUAUAUUAAAGUUCUUAAAGCCAUAUAAAACAACACCUUUAAUUUAACAGAAACCAACAGACAAGGUAUGACGUAUUUUAUUGUACAUAACAAUAGUGAGAAAAACAUUGCAAUGCUAAUGUUGAUAUACAAAUUUCUUGUUGCCCCUUAUCCUUGAUAUUUCAUUCUAAAAAAUGCAAAUAUAACAAUCUAAAAUUGAUAAAAAAUUGUGAUAUGUAUUUUUACCAUUAAGUUGACGAGUUAUCAGAAGUAGGUGUUUUUUUCUCAAUUAAGAACACAGGGAUAUAUUGUGUGUCAUUAGGUAAUGGUGCCUGACGAGAAACUUGGUGAGGAUAGCAGAGGAAAGUAAAAUGUUGGUGCAUAUAACUUAAUCGUGUAUAUAGUGAACAUUUUCCUGCUUGAUGCAAGGUUCAUUAUUGUAAUAUCUGUCUAGCCAAUGCAAGCUUUGAUGGUUAUAACAUACUAUUGUAAUACCUGUUCAGCCCACGUCAGCUUUGUUGGUUUAUGAUGUAGAAUCACUUAAAAUGUAUCAUAUUUUACAAUGAAUAUUUUAAUGAAAAAGAAAUUAAUUAAAAUAAAUACAUAUAUCAAAAUAA